UAGUUCGUCAGGAGUCGCUUGACGGGAGUGAUUGAUGUGGAGGCAGUCAGCCUGCGACAAAAAAACAAGCGAGGAUAGGUAGAGCACUACAUGAUCCGUCCACGUUUUAAAUGAAAGAAAUAUUGUGAAACCCAAUGAUAGGUGGAUUUAAACGUUAUUUUUGUCGCUUUUACGCGGGCUUAGUUACUUAUUGUUCGGUACGCGGGGUCUUAUUUUGGCGUGUUGAGUGUGUCGCCGUUUGCCCAUUCUCACUGGAGUGAACACUAAGGAGGACUCCAUGAAAGAUGACAGAGGAGGUGAUUGUUGUAGCCAAAUGGGACUACACGGCCCAGCAGGACCAGGAACUUGACAUCCGUAAAAACGAGCGUCUCUUCCUCCUGGACGACUCAAAGACCUGGUGGCGUGUCCGCAACGCCGGCAACCAAACGGGGUACGUGCCAUCGAACUACGUCGAGCGCAAGAACAGCCUGAAGAAAGGCUCACUGGUGAAGAACAUCAAAGACACACUCGGUUUGGGAAAAACUAAGAGGAAGACAAGCGCCCGUGAUGCUUCCCCAACACCAAGCUCAGACACAGAGUACCCCUCCAAUGGCAGCGGGGGUGGAGGUGUGGGAGGAGGAGCUGCUGAAAGAAUCUAUGACCUCAAUGUCCCCGCUGUGGUCAAGUUUGCCUACACAGCAGAGAGAGAUGACGAGCUGACCCUGGUCAAGGGCUCCAGGGUCAUCGUGAUGGAGAAGUGUAGUGAUGGCUGGUGGCGGGGCAGUCAGGCGGGCCGCGUGGGCUGGUUUCCCUCCAAUUAUGUCCAGGAGGACCUCGGAGGGGCGGAUGACAGAGGGGAGGGAGAUUCCUCACAGGGCUACCACGGAGGCUCUCAAGGGACUUUGCUGGCCAAUGGGCGAGCAGGUGGUCGCAAUGAAGUGCUCCACUUGGUUCAAACACUCUACCCCUUCAGCUCUGUGACAGAGGAAGAGCUGAACUUUGAGAAGGGAGAGGUCAUGGAGGUGGUGGAGAAGCCUGAGAACGACCCAGAGUGGUGGAGGUGUAAGAACUCACGUGGUAUGGUGGGCCUGGUACCUAAAAACUAUGUGAUGGUGUUGGACGAGCGACCCAGCCUGCCCUCCGCUACGUCAAGCUCCCUGCAGAACCGCUCCGUGGCACCGGCACGCUCAGGGAAGUUCGCUGGAAGGGACUGGUACUACGGCAACAUCACCAGACACCAGGCUGAGUGUAUACUCAACGAGCGAGGAGAGGAGGGCGACUUCCUCAUACGAGACAGCGAGUCAUCGCCCAAUGAUUUCUCUGUGUCUCUGAAGGCGGCUGGUAAGAAUAAGCACUUUAAAGUGCAGCAGGCAGACGGAGUGUACUGUAUCGGCCAGCGCAGGUUCAGCUCCAUGGAUGAACUAGUGGAGCACUACAAGAAAGCCCCCAUCUUCACCAGCGAACAUGGAGAGAAGCUGUACCUGGUCAAAGCGAUGCUGUGAUUCACACAUCCUCACACCUACACUGGAUCUCACACACACAAACACACACUCUUCAUGCACACAUAAUACUAAUGCCACUCCCUAACUGUCUUAAGUCAAGCCUUAGCUCUGGACCCUGUCGCUGUGGCGUCUGUACUACAUCCAGAUCCUCAGUCACUCCUCUAAGUUUUUAAGUCUGAGUCUGUUAACCGAGCAGUUGACCCCAAGACGGCGAGCACUGUCAGGAAAUACCCAGCUGCAUCCUUCAUGUACAGCACAGAGCAUAAUAAGCCUCUGUCUCUUGGAUGUGCACAUUCGCAGUGACCACAUCUGCUGCUAACAGAACGCCUGAGGCCUUGUUUGGGGGUUGAGCUCUCCUUCUGAUGUCAUACAUAAUGUCCAUUUACUACCACACACAUUGUAGGUUACACCAUUGCUCUUAAUCCAUACAUGGGGACAGAAGUUUAAAAGUUCAAAGAAGGACUCGAACCUCUGAGGGACCUUACUCUGGUGUUUUCCUGUCAAAUUGCUGGCCAUUGUUUUAUUUUGUUCAUUUAUUUUUUAAAAGAAAUGCUUGUUCCUGAGUUAACUUUUUUGGGGGGUUAAAGCUAAUUUAAAUUCCUCUCUGGAGGUUUGAAUCAUUGCUCUUUCAUACAAUGACUUCACAAAGUGACCAGAAUCACUCUCUUGCCUUUUUUUCCCUAAUUUUUGUCAUUCCUCUACACGAGUUCUCUCCCCAUUUGAACUUGUGUCUUCUGUCACUUUUUCAAAUUCCUCCUUGUUUCUGUCUCCACAAACCCAGUCAUAAGUCGUAGUGAUGUUGUUGAAAACCUGGAUACAAUACUUCCUGUAAUAUUUCUAAAAGGCAGUGGGGGAGCAUUAAUGCAAUAGGGGAGACCUCUGAUUUCCUGUAGAGUUUGAAUGUUUAUCAAUGUAACCAAAUGUGCCACCCUGUACCCACACUACUGGCUCCAGGUCUGCACUGCACUCACUAUACUUGGCAUUCAUUCAUAGCUCUAUGCUCAUGCUUUAUAUUGUCACAUUGAAUAUGUUCCUGUUCUGUUCUCCAGUGUGUGUCUGUAGUCACAUAAGGAUACUGACUGAAGAAUAAUAAAAACCUUUUUGGUAACACUUUUGAGUAGUUAACACUUGAUCUGCUCCAGCUCCUGCAAAUUAAUGCAGAUAAUAAAAGAGUACCUCUUCUGGUGUAGUAUUUGUCAAAGAUGAGUAUAUCUGUGUGAAUCUUGUGAUUAAAUCUUGCAGGAAAAGUGUCGUUAUUUACAGAAAACUAUACAAUUGAGUGAUUGACUGAAACCCCAAUGCUAAAUUAACUGAGAAGGGGUGACCCUAAGCUCUACACUUAUAAAUCACAAAUCACCAUUCAUAGGUCAACAAAUGAGUUGGAAAUACUUGGACAAGUUUCAUGAAUUAGUAACAACAAACUCGCAAGACAACAGCUAUUGACCAUUCGCUAAACCCCUCCCCCGGACGGCGAUUGUCCAAUCAUAGCUUAGCAACCGUAACUAGGCAAGGCAAGUCUUUCUACUAGUGAUUUAACGCAGUUAAAGUUUGGAGGAAGAGUUGUUGUUUCAAGCCUUUCCAAAAACAAAAGUUUGAGUAAAAGUAUAAGGAAUGGAUUAAACUGUGUCGCAUCGUUAGCAUGCCUGGCUAACUAGCUUACUACCUACAGUAGUAACCCAGCAUCACUUUGGAGGCCAAAGAGCACAUCGUUAAUUAGCUAGCUAGUUAGCUACAGCUGCAACUGUUUUCAUUUAAGAUGGCAAAAUCGACGGUUGUCGGCUAGAAAUGAGAAGCCUGCUUUUGUCUGCCUCUGCCUGAAAUCAAGGACCCACAGUUUAAAAUAUUAAUGUAAAUUAUGAGGGGUAAUCUGCCAUCUUAAUCAUCUUAAACUAUAAGAUGAUGUGCUGGGCAAGAACAGAACGUUGGACAGGCGUAGCAACAGCAAGGGGGGAGAUUAACGAACGGUCAAUUUAUAAUAUAACUCGUCUUUUACUGUCAAGAAACCAAAUAUACUGUCAUCUGGUUUAUAAUAAAAAAUGAAAUUCUAGUUUUACCAAACAUUUUGUUUAUUUCCUUUUGCUGUGUGCAUUUGUUUACCAGUGGAAGUGUUGCUGAUCAUGGGGUCCUCCGCUUUUAUAUGAUAGGCCUAUAUCUGAAUGUUAUUGAGCAUUGUUAUUUAAUUCUUGUCUCCACUGUAUGUAUAUAUUCAAAAUAAGAUGAGGUGCAUAUAUGAAUCGUCAAGAUCAAACUAUGGUACUGUAUCACCGACAACGUGAUGAGAAUUGAAAUACUUUUGUUCAAUAAAUUUUUUUGAAGAAUACUAAAA